GCAGUGCCGGCGCCGGUGCCCACGGCCGCCGAGCCGCCGCCCGUGCUGCACCUGCCUGCCAUCCAGCCGCCGCCGCCCGUGCUGCCCGGGCCCUUCUUCAUGCCGUCCGACCGCUCCACCGAGCGCUGCGAGACGGUGCUGGAGGGCGAGACCAUCUCGUGCUUCGUGGUGGGCGGCGAGAAGCGGCUCUGCCUGCCGCAGAUCCUCAACUCGGUACUGCGCGACUUCUCACUGCAGCAGAUCAACUCGGUGUGCGACGAGCUGCACAUCUACUGCUCGCGUUGCACGGCCGACCAGCUGGAGAUCCUCAAAGUCAUGGGCAUCCUGCCCUUCUCCGCGCCCUCGUGCGGGCUCAUCACCAAGACGGACGCCGAGCGCCUGUGCAACGCGCUGCUGUACGGCGGCGCCUACCCGCCGCCUUGCAAGAAGGAGCUGGCCGCCAGCCUGGCGCUGGGCCUGGAGCUCAGCGAGCGCAGCGUCCGCGUGUACCACGAGUGCUUCGGCAAGUGCAAGGGGCUGCUGGUGCCCGAGCUCUACAGCAGCCCCAGCGCCGCCUGCAUCCAGUGCCUCGACUGCCGCCUCAUGUACCCGCCGCACAAGUUCGUGGUGCACUCGCACAAAGCCCUGGAGAACCGGACCUGCCACUGGGGCUUCGACUCGGCCAACUGGCGGGCCUACAUCCUGCUGAGCCAGGACUACACGGGCAAGGAGGAGCAGGCCCGCUUGGGCCGCUGCCUGGACGACGUGAAGGAGAAGUUCGACUAUGCCAACAAGUACAAGCGGAGGGUGCCCCGGGUCUCAGAGCCCCCAGCCUCCAUAAGACCCAAAGCAGACGACACUUCCUCACAGUCCCCUGCAUCUUCUGAAAAGGACAAGCAGUCAACUUGGCUGCGGACCUUGGCUGGUUCUUCUAAUAAGAGCCUGGGCUGUGUUCACCCUCGCCAGCGCCUUUCUGCUUUCCGACCCUGGUCCCCUGCAGUUUCAGCAAGUGAGAAAGAGAUCUCCCCACACCUCCCAGCCCUGAUCCGAGACAGCUUUUAUUCCUACAAGAGCUUUGAAACGGCUGUGGCUCCCAAUGUGGCCCUAGCACCACCAACCCAGCAAAAGGUUGUGAACAGUCCACCAUGCACCACCGUGGUCUCCCGGGCGCCAGAGCCUCUCACCACUUGUAUCCAGCCACGGAAGAGGAAGCUGACUGUGGACACACCAGGAGCCCCAGAGCCGCUGGCACCUGUCACUGUCCCAGAGGAGGACAAGGACUCUGAGGCUGAGGUCGAAGUUGAAAGCAGAGAGGAAUUCACCUCCUCCUUGUCCUCGCUGUCCUCUCCAUCCUUUACCUCGUCCAGCUCUGCCAAGGACCUGAGCUCCCCAGGCAUGCACGCCCCACCAGUGACUGCCCCUGAUGCUGUGGCCCAUGCUGAUGCCCCCAGCGGGCUGGAGGCAGAGUUGGAGCAUCUGCGGCAAGCCCUGGAGGGCGGCCUGGAUACCAAGGAAGCCAAAGAGAAGUUCCUGCAUGAGGUGGUCAAGAUGCGAGUGAAGCAGGAGGAGAAGCUGACAGCAGCCCUGCAGGCCAAGCGCAGCCUGCACCAGGAGCUGGAGUUCUUGCGUGUGGCCAAGAAAGAGAAGCUUCGGGAAGCCACAGAGGCCAAGCGAAGCCUGAGGAAAGAGAUUGAGCGGCUGCGAGCUGAGAGUGAGAAGCGGGUGAAAGAAGCCAACGAGUCCCGGGUUCGCCUGAAGCGAGAGCUAGAACAGGCGCGGCAGGUCCGUGUAUGCGACAAGGGCUGUGAGGCCGGCCGCCUGCGAGCCAAGUACUCUGCCCAGAUCGAGGACCUGCAAGCAAAGCUGCAGCAUGCAGAGGCUGACCGAGAGCAGCUUCGGGCUGACCUGCUUCGGGAGCGGGAGGCCCGGGAGCACCUGGAGAAGGUGGUGAAGGAGCUUCAGGAGCAGCUGUGGCCACGGCCUCGACCUGAGAAUGUGGGUGACGAGGGCAGUGCUGAGCUGGAGCCCUAGCCUGAGCAGUGCCUGCCACUGCGGCAUGAACCUCCAUGCGUGCGCAGAGGGCGGCGGGCAUGUGGCUCUGCAGGCCCCGCCCAUGCCUCCGCAGCCACACAGCACAACGUCUCUACUGUGCCUAUUACCAAGCGAGUGUUUGUAACCACAUACUUUUGGAAUCCACUGCAAAAUUUUCUACUGGCCAAGUUCAAGUGAGCGAGCCAUGUUCCCCAGCUGCAACCGGAGUCGAGGCUGGCUCUGUGGCUUGUGGCUGGUCCUCUGCUUGCUAGGACAUUCUAACAUUUACACUUUUGUUAUAAGCUAUUUAAAACCAGUAAGGAGAGACUUGAUAUUCAGAAAAUCAACAUGUUUUUUAAUGACUUAACUUUUAAAGGCCCCAACACGUGACGCUAUCCGGACACCCACUCUGGCGGGGGUGGCACCCACCCACCGCUGCCCUGGGAAGCCAUCACCGCUCAUCUGUGCCCGCGGCUGCAAGAGGACAGCAAGGGUUUUCUUCAGAGUCUAUUUUUUCAGCAACAAGGACCCCAGCCUUCCUGCUGCUGCCAGGAGGAGCAGAGAGAGCACCGCGUGCGAGAUGAGCCCCACACUGCCCGCCUUACCGCCGCCGCCCCGCCCACCAUCACCAUUACCCCAUGCCCUGCAGACACCAGGAGGCUGAGUCACCAUCUUCCUGGCCGCCGGGUACCCUUGAGAGGGGCUGACCUGUGUCAGGCAGUGGCCAUGGUCCAGUGUCAUGUCCCCCCACUCUACCCACCCGCCCGCUGCUUGUCUACGGCGACCCCUUUUCAGUGCGGCAGACAUUGUUCCUUCCAUCUUAGGGCUGAGGCUGCAGCAUUGGAACAAAACACAGCAUUAUGUCACUUUUUCCUUUUUUGUUCAUUUAAACAUAUAUUUAGAACUGCACUUUGUCAGAAACCUCCCCUUCUCUUUUUACUCCCCAGUUAACUGAGGUUUUUACCGAUUUCUAGAGCAGUUCAAACCCUAAGUGCUCGAGUGCUUAGAAAUCCCCUCUGGUGCUUGGUUGGACAAGGGAAUCACAAGAAAACGCAACGCAGAGACUGAACUUGGGGGUCGUUCUGUGCCUUCCAGCAUCUUGUACAGCAAACCCUGACUUGUCUUUUUACCCCCAAAAUAUCGUCUUCAGUAGCAAUUGAAUCUGCCACUGUCAGAGUACGUUACCUGCAUUUAUUCCAAAUAAUCUCGUUUACUCUUAACUGUUUAUGCAAAUUGUAUAAGGUUUCUUAUGCCCAAGCUUGAAAAAUGAUUUCCCAGUAGACAAGAGGCCACCACCCAUCCUCCGAUUAUGGUGUUUAUUUACAUGAGAUCACAUAGGAGCCCUCAGCUCCAGUCCUAACAGGGCAGCCACGAGCUGAGGGAGGUGGAGGUGGCCUGAGCAGGUACAAACGACCUUGAGGACUGUUGCCUGCGAUUAGAGACUGCUAAGCCCUGACAUUCGGUGCUGAGGUCGUCUGCAGGGUUUGCCCUUGGUUUACUGAGGGGGGCUGGGUUGCUGCUGGGUCCCCCUUCUGAAGUGCAAUGCAAAAGGGACGUCGUGUGUACGCAGCGUUUGGAGUUUUUUCUUUGGCUUUUCUCUCUUUUUCUUUCUCUUUUUUUCAGUUAUGAAACCUGUAUGCAUGGAUCUCACACCUCUACGGCUAGACCCACCCAUGGGCAUUAUGACCUGUCUCCUAAAGGGUCAGUUUUGUUACGCAACACGCAGAAUGCUAUUUUCAGCCUUGUUUGUUUUCCAGUCAUUUCUUCAAGGAGAACUAAAUGGUUUAGUUGGAGCAAAGCUUUAAGUGUGUUGGUGUGCUUCUGUGUGGCUGUCCUUCUCGCCUAGUAGGAGAUCGAAGUGAGUCGGGCCCUUUUGAGCCUUUGACUCCAGAGGACUCAUCUCCUUGCCACACCCCCAGUCACCAUCACACCCAGGUCCCCUUGGUCCAGUGCUGGGCCCAAUACAGGAAGGAAGUGCUAAGUCUGUAGCAGGGCUCCUCCCCAUGUGCCAGCAUGGCUUGGGCCUAGGAAGAGACUGUCAUCUUGAGUCGUCCCCCUGGGUCCCUCCUCCCACUACCUGUGAGGUCCUGCAGGCGGUGGGACCAGGGCACAGGCUCCACUUAGCAGCAGCUUGUGCUCUGGGCCCUCUGGGCCAUUCCACUACUUCCGCCUGGUGCCCACGCACCUGGCCUGGUUGAAGCUGGUGGAGCACUGGGAUAGUUUGUGCUGUUCCCUUGGAGGGCAGCACGCCUGGCUUCCUGUUAGUGGCUGCAAACUUCUUUUCAGAGAAAGGGAGAAGAGGUUUCCAUGGUGUUGGCUGUUGACUCUCCCUGUAUGUUAAACCCUUUAUCAGUUUACUCAUCAUUUCUAUUCCAGAAGAUUUUUAACGAAGGGAAAAUCCAACAGCAAUAACACUCAUUGGUGAGCAGCUAACUCAUACACACAACACCUGCUUUCGUACAGAACUAGCCAAUGUAAAAACUCACAUGUAGAUACUUUUUUCUGUUUCACACUGUUGUAUUAUACAUGUAUAUGGUGGUUCCUUUUCCAGAAACUUUUCUUACCUGUUGGCUGUCUUGUUUUCUGGGUUGUUUUUAACUGAGAAAAAAAAAUGCUCAUCUGCCAGAGGGGACAGGGGCAUCUUGUGGCGUUUCUCAUGUGGUGUCCUCCAUGGCUGCCCGCUGGCCCCAGUUCCUGCCCAGGUGGUUCUCCACGAUUCCCUCCCCACGUGCCCAUCCCAAGGCUGAGGGAGGGGCUCUUGAUUUAAGUCAGGAGUCUCAAAUGACAUUUUCAUCAAUUAAGGAAAAAGCCCAACCUCUACCCUCAUAACCACCCGAGCCCCUGCAUCCUCCCAUCCUACGCUGCUGCUAAUGACAAUAUGAUGGCUUACUCUGCUACUCGAGAACUAUUUUUAUGUAAUUAAUGUAUGCUUUCUUGUUUAUAAAUGCCUGAUUUAAAAAAGGAAAAAAAAAGAAAAAGCUUGGCAUAUUUAUCUAUUUCUCUGUGUGUACCUGUUAGUCCUUUUGCCUCCUCCUCCACCCCCCCUUGGAAACAGACAACAUUGUACAAUAAAGAAUUUUGAGAGUCCCACGGGCA